AUGGCAUCGAAGGUUCAAUUUGUUACGCUCAACAACGGGCAGAAGAUGCCCAUGCUCGGUCUGGGAACUUGGGGUUCACCUCCCGGUGAAGUUGCUCAGGCAGUAAAGGAUGCCAUCGAUAUCGGUUAUCGACAUAUCGACUGUGCCCACGUGUACCAGAACGAACAUGAGGUUGGCGAGGGAGUCAAGGCCAAAAUUGACGAGGGAGUCAUUAAGCGCGAGGACCUCUUCAUUACCAGCAAACUGUGGAACACUUUCCACCGGCCUGAGCUGGUCGAGGGCGCCUGUCGUACCACGCUGAAGAACCUCGGCCUGGAGUAUAUCGAUCUGUACCUGAUUCACUGGCCGAUGGGUUACCGCGAGGGUGCCGAACUGUUCCCGCAGGACGCGAACGGUAAAACGGCUUACUCGGAUGUGGAUUACGUCGAUACGUACAAAGCAAUGGAGAAACUGGUUGGGCUCGGUUUGGUGAAAAGCAUCGGCAUUUCCAACUGCAACUCGAAGCAGGUGGAGCGCGUGCUGGCUGUGGCAACCAUUAAGCCGGUCACGAACCAGGUCGAAUGCCAUCCGUACCUGACGCAGAGCAAACUGUCCCCGUUCUGUACCGAGCGCGGAAUGGUAAUAACGGCGUACAGUCCGCUCGGCUCGCCGAACCGUCCCUGGGCAAAGCCGGACGAUCCGCAGCUGAUGGAGGAUCCGAAGAUUGUGGAGCUGGCGAAAAAGUACAACAAAACGCCUGCCCAGGUCCUUAUCCGCUACCAGAUUCAGCGUGGUCACGUGGUUAUUCCCAAGUCGGUGACCAAGUCACGCAUCGCGUCCAACUUUGAGGUGUUCGAUUUCGAGUUGACGAAGGAUGAUGUGGCAUUGAUCGAUUCAUUCGACUGCAAUGGACGUUUGGUACCGAUCACGAGUGCUGCUGGGCAUCCUUAUCAUCCGUUCGAGAACGACGAGUUUUAA